CAUUAUCAUAACAUAACCUCAUUCAUAACACUCUCAAAAGGUAAACAAUAUUUAAUUAUUAAAAUAAUAAUUAAUUUAUUCGACAAAUAAAACAACAUACAUAAUGAAUUUACAAGAAAUUUCAAAAGCUACUAUUAGUUUUGUGACAGAAUUUCCAAAUGAACUUACAGGAAAAAUUGUAAAAAUGGCUUUGGCCUCUAUGCAACCGACACCUCAACCCCUUUUGAAGCCACUCGAAAAAUUAUCCCUGGAGAAAAAUAUACCAAAAGAACAACUCUAUGACCUUUUAAGUAUUUACAUUGCAAUAAUAAAACAAUUUAUUCGUACUUCGGACAAGGAUUUUAUUAGUAAUUUGGUUGAAAUUGGAUUUCCAAAUGAAUUUGUCGAGGGUUUGCCAUUUGUGAAUAACCGCAAGGAGCUUGUUGAUACAUUUUUCGCUCCUCAUUAUGCUUUUUUUCAGAAUGUUUCGAGUAUCAAAUGGAGGAUAGAUAUAAGUUUAUUCAACAGCUCCCUAUUGAAUAAAACACCACCAAACAUAAUCCUGUCAAUAAAACUGAAAAAUGGAAAACUCCAUACAAUUGAAUUAAAUCCAAAGGCAUUCCACAUGAUGAGAUUUAAUAUAGCAUUAAUUUUAAAAGAAAUGAAAUCUUUUAAAUUAAACGAUUCUAUAAACAAAAUGAUCAAAUAGGUAAAAAUAUGUUAUAUUUGUGAAACAAUAAAAAGAUAACAAUCAUAAAAUUUUUGCUUAAUUCGAAGGAACAUACCAUAACAAUACUGUGAGCACCCAAAUGUGUAAUAUCACCUGGAAAGUUACAAUAAAAUGAAAAUGUUUUUGUGAAUAUCCUUUCGCUUACCAUAUAAGAAAAUACAAAAACCCUAGCUACAGGAUACCUCCUCAAAAAAAUGCCAGUCCUAACACUGAUUGCAUCUAAAGUAGAAUAGGCAUGCUUGACCCUUCUGGUGACCCCAGCAUCGUGUGGCGACACUCUCAUAAAACGAGGUACAGAAAUACGAUCUGAAAUCACCAAAUAUUUAUUCAAAUAACACAAAGGUAUGUUCGUAGAGAAAUCAAAUCACAAACCAGUCGGAGCAAAUUACAUUGGUUUAAACUAGUUUCGAGACUAGUUUUCAAGCAAUGAAAUUGGCUCUGACAGGUUUGUGAUUUCUCUAAGAAUAGACCUAUUAUAAAACAUUACCAUCAUUUGUUUCCUGGACAUUAAUUAUUUUCACUUUAUCCCUUGCCAUUUCAGCAAUUUUCUUUCUAUGCUCCAUCUCCAAUUUUUCCAGUUGCAACCUCAACGCAUUUCUUUCAGUGGUUGUAGUUUCCAGUUUGUUUUGCUUGAGCAUCAAAGUUUGAGUUAAAGAUUGAAUUCGGUUUGCUAGCUCAUCAUUGUCUGAUGGUUCUUGUUUUCUAUGCAAGGCUUCUUUCAGUUUGACGAUUUCUACAUUGGAAUUUUUUAGAAGGUCUUGUGUGUAGAACAAUUCUUGGCAUUUUGCUUGAAG